UCGUGUGCGGGUGGGGGCGGGAGGGUGUGCGCGCGCGCGCGCGCGAUCCCGGGAUCUACGUGGGCGCACGCGGGGACGCGGGGAGGGAGGGGGCGCGCGUUCUCUGGCUUGUGGGACUUCGGGCAGAUCCCCGGGCCGCCGGGAUGGCUCCUCAGCCGCCUUCGCCCCAGCUGCUGCUUCUGGCAGCCCUUGCGGGGCUCCUAGGUCCCAGUGAGGUGGUAGCUGAGCCAGAGGAGGAAGCGGGGGCCAGUUGUCCCGAGGGCCCGUGGCCUCUGCCCCCACAGGUGUCACCAAGAGUGACCUACACGCGGAUGAGCCCAUGGCCGGCUGAAGAUGUCACCUUCCUCUACCACCCCUGUGCCCACCCUUGGCUGAAGCUCCAGCUUGCCCUCCUGGCCCACGUUUGUGUGGCCCAGCCCUCACUGGCCCCGGACUCCAGCCUUACUCAGGAGCGGCCCUUGGUGCUGGCAGCAUGUGGGGUGGUGCUGGAGAUGGCAUGGAUAGAGCCAGCCUGGGCUGCCCACUGGCUGAAGAGGCGGCGGCGGCGGAGGAGGCUGAGGAAGGAGAAGGCAUGGUUCUGCUCUGACGGUCUUUCUGGGUCUUCUCCCUUGGUGCCAAGGCCAGGUAGAGGGAGGCUGUGCCGGAGAGGGUGUCUGCAGGCCCCAGCUUUGGCUUUUACCCUGCGGAGCUGGCGGCCCCCAGGUGUGGAGGAGGCAGCUGGAGGGUCCAGGCACCUCUCUCCUGGCGGUGCCAAGAGGCGUGGGCUGCGGGCCGCUCUUGGUCUCCAGCUCACGCCCUCAGCCCUGAGGCUCCCCCCUGCCUCUCCACGGAGCUUGGAGGCCAAGCAGCCCAUGCCGGCAGCCCGGGGUGAGGGGAGUGAUGCCCCAUCUGUGCCCACUCUCCCCUUGAUGCAUGAGGGGCCCAGAGGCAAUGCCAGCUCCAGGAUAGAGGCUCAAGUGCUCAAAGGGCAAAGCAGCCCAGGGGGCUGUACCUGUCCAAGUGAGGCUUCCCCAGCCCCUCGGGCAGCAGUGCCCCCGCGGGUAGCCCGGGGCCCUACCCCGCGCACGGAGGAGGCUGCUUGGGCGGCCAUGGCCCUGACCUUCCUGUUAGUGCUGCUCACUCUGGCCACGCUCUGCACACGGCUGCACCGAAACUUCCGACGGGGGGAUAGCAUCUACUGGGAGCCCACAGCGGACAGCCAGGACACGGUGGCUGCUGUGCUGAAGCGGAGGCUACUGAUGCCCCCGCGCCGGGUCAAGCGCUCCCGCCGGAGACCCCUCCUCCCGCCCACGCCGGACAGCGGCCCGGAUGGGGAUAGCUCCGACUGACUUGACCCGAGCCCUGCCACUUGGGCGGAUUUGGUUUCGCCGCGCCUGGUGAGGCCGCGACCUCUGCCACGUGGACCCUGCGCAGGACCGCCCCCUGGUGGCCAGAUGGAGCAGUCCCGCCUAAGCAUUGCAAACGGGCUUGUUCUUAAGUUGUGGUUGGCUGGGGGCGGCGGGGGUGGGGGAGGGAUGGGCUGUGUUUCUAAUUAAAUUAUUUUGGUAGAGUUUGGAGUUGAGCUUGUGUCUCUGCCACACAGACACUCCCAGCCAGGACACUGUCCUCGGCCACUUAGGUUUUGUUUGAAGUGGGUGCUUACGAAAUCAAGUUAGGCACCUACCAGCCUGCCUCCUCCAGCCUUCCUGGCCUCAGCCAAAGUUUUAGGAGUGUGGUAGGACCAACGGUGGGGAGGGAGAAAGUGGUGGUGGUCGUAGUUACUGACACUUUUAUUUCCCAGCUUCUUUUCUAGAACACAAGGGCUUUCCUUGCAAGUUCCAGGUCUGGAGCAGCUGUAGUCUUCAUUUGUUUCAUGCUCUUGCCAGGUCUGUCUUUGUCCCUUUCAUGUCUGUCACCUCCCCACCCCCAAAUUCUUUCAACACUAGCAACAGCACAUGGUCACUUAUUUAUUUUUGAUACAAAUGUACAUGACACGCGUCUUGACAGUCAGCCCACCCACCACCACACAGGUACAGCCUGGCCCCUAGGGCAGAGGCAGGACAGAGAGAAGGGCUGGUAGGCACGGCCAUCUGCCUCUCCAGCCUUCCCAGGCUGCUGCCCAGAUUCCAGAUACCCAGAGACUGCAGGGCAGGUGCUGGCCUCUCAGAGGUUAUAGGAGGGGGCUCUCAGCUGAGUCAGGGACCCUGGGGAGCCAGCCCCAGGCUCAGGUGCUCAGUUCUCUGCCCCAGCCAGCACAGCCCCCUCCACAAGGGAGGGGGGGAGGGGAGGAGAGAUGCAGGGGAGUGGUUUUUUUUUUUUUUUUUUUGUAAGUUCAUAGAGAAGGGGACCGAUGGGGGAAGGCAACAGGUAGGACCCCAGAUGAUUUACCAGCAGUCCCUGGCCCCAGGAUGGGAGA